CCUUCUCUUUUCAUACACAGGACGCCCAGCCCAGACACCCUCCUGCUCAGACAUGCUACCGCUGCUGCUGCCGCCGCUGCUGUGGGCGGGGUCCCUGGUUCAGGAUCCGAGAUACCAUCUGGACGUGCCGCGGGCCGUGUCGGUGCAGGAGGGCUUGUGUGUCCGCGUGCCCUGCUUCGUCUACCAUCCCAGGGAAGGCUGGAAAGACUCUGACCAAGCUCACGGCUACUGGUUCCGGGAAGGGGCCGAGGUAUCCACGGAUGCCCCCGUGGCCACAAACAAAUUAGAUCGUGAAGUUCAGAAGGAGACCCAGGGCCGAUUCCACCUCCUCGGGGACCCCAGGAACAAAAACUGCUCCCUGGAGAUCAGAGACGCCAGAAAGAGAGACAGAGGUUCCUACUUUUUUCGUGUGGAAAGAGGAACUAUGAAAUGGAGUUACAGGUCUGAACGGUUCUUCCUGAAUGUGACAGCCCUCACCCACCAGCCCCACGUCCUCAGCCCGGGGGCCCUGGAGCCCGGCCGCCCGGGGAACCUGACCUGCUCUGUGCCCUGGGCCUGUGAGCGGGCCACGCCCCCCAUCUUCUCCUGGACGUCAGCUGCCCCCAGCUCCCUGGGCCCCAGGACCCCCUUCUCAUCGGUGCUCACCCUCACCCCACGGCCCCAGGACCACGGCACCAGGCUCACCUGUCAGGUGAAGCUGCCCACAAGUGGGGCGAUGGCGGAGCGGACCAUCCUGCUCAGUGUCACCUUUCCAGGUGCUCCACAGAGCCCAGUGACCAGAGGCUUCCAAGGAGACAGCACAGGUAGGAAGGAGGUCCCCUCCUGGGCUGUCAGGAUCGAGGCUGCUUCUGGCUCAGGGCUGGGCUGCUCUCUGCUGGUCCCUGCCUCACUCUGGACCCUCCCCAGUGACCAGAGCCCCCUAGUGGGUGAACCCAGUGGUCCCUGCCCCUCCCCUGUCCCCAUGGCCGCUGUGCCCAGCUGUCCCCACCUCCCCUCACUCCCCUGGGACUUGUCCACUUCCUCCUCUGCUCCCCAAGAGCAGGGCGACAUCCACAGGGCAGAGCCCACCCCUCAAAGCCCCUCACCACCCACGACCUGACUCCUUCAGCUCUGCAGUUUUUUCCCUCCCCAUAGCUUGUAACUUAUGCAUGUUUUGAUGGAUCAUAUAUUUUGAAAGCGUUUUGUUUUCACCAAGGCCGUAUAUGUGACAGCUUUUGAUCUUUGCCCGUACCAGAUGAAAGCUGGCAUCUCUACAUGGCGUUGCUUAUUUAAACGCAUUAUUUUUAUUGAGGAAAAAUCAGAUAAAAUAAAAUCGACCGUUUUAGCCAGUUUAAAAUAGACAAUAGUUGGCUUCGAGAACAUUCACGAUGUUGUACAAGUCUCACUACUCCCUAAACCCAUCCAUCUCAGAUUUUCAUCAUCCCAGAGAGAAGCCUGGUGCCCACGAAGUAGUCACUCACCACACUGUCCUCCCCAGCCCGGGGCAACCACGGACCUGCUGUCCGUGUCUAUGGAUCUGCCUAUGGGGGACAUUUCAUACAAGUGGAAUGUUACAAGACUGUGGCCUUUUCCAUGUGGCUCCUUUCGCAUAAAAAACCAUUUUCCAGAAUCA